AUGACGGACAACGCCGAUGCCAACCCCUUCAACUUCCAGCCCCAGGCCUACGUCGUAGGGAAGCCCGCGGGGGGGAAGCCGGAAGCGCUGGGCCGCCGGCGCGGCCACAAGUACAAGCACAGCAGCGUCUCGCACCAGAUCUUCCUGGAGCCGGCCCCCCGCGCGCCGCUGCAGGUGCCGGCCAGCCUGCCGGUGCCGACGUUCAAGGAGCUGCGCGCCAGCCUGACGAUGGAGCAAAAGUGGCGCUUUGCGUGGUGCGCGUGCCACCUGGCCGUGGGCGCGUACGUCAAGUCGAGCGCGCAGGGCUCGGCCGCCAUGACGGCCCUGUCGCACCUCGUCUUCUACGACUUUGUCGGCGCCACCGUGUGCUGCCUGGCCGACGUGGGCGGCAACUUUGAGUUCUGGCGCCGCACGAGCCUGAAGCGCCCGUUUGGCUUCGAGCGCUUCGAGGUCCUCGCCGGCCUCGCCAUGGCCGUCACCCUCCUCUUCACCGGCUUCGACCUCGUCAGCCACAACAUCCAGCACGCGCUCGAGAACCGCGGCGGCCACACGCCGCACCGCGCGCACGGGCACGAGCGCGUCUCAGCCGGGAGCGUGGACACGGCCGCGCUGGCCGCCAUCACCGCCACGCUCAUCUCGGCCAUGGUGCUGCAGAACCACGCGCGCAUCCGCAAAGUGAUGCGCGUCGCGGCGCUGGAGUCGCUGCCCUCGGUCCUCAGCAACCCGUCGCACCUGCUCACGCUCUCGUGCUCCACCCUCCUGCUGCUGCUGCCCCUCCUCUCGGUGCGCAUGUACAUCUGGCUCGACCGCGCCAUCACCGCCGUCGUCGCCCUGAGCAUGACGACGCUGGGCUGGAAGCUGGCCUGGGCCCUCGGCCGCCUGCUCAUGAUGUCGUAUGCGGGCCCGGGGCUGGAGGCGCUGCUGCGCGGGCUCGAGGCCGACCCGGCCGUCGCGCGCGUCGACGAGGCCGCCGUCUGGCACGUCCAUUACGGCCUCUGUCAGGCGAACAUCAAGCUCAAGGUGUGGUCGCUCGAGGACGCACCCAGGCUGCGCGACCGCAUCCAGAGCUUGGUGAGGAAUCGGCUGGCUGGUGGCUAUGGCAGUGGCGAUAAGACCAAGUUUGAGAUUUCGACCCAGUUGUCGCUGAUGGCGGAUUGA